AUGUGGGCAGCCGAUAUGAUCAAAGGCGCUAGUGCAGAAUUCAGUGAUCCCGUGACUUGGUCCACGGCGCUCAUUGCCAACAUUUUGUGGAGAGGGCGGAACUUCCCAAAAGGCAGGUUACUCCAACUUGACCUUCUGUCCUAUUCCGGCAUGUCGCCCUGUCAUGGUGAGCAAAGUUGCAAACACCAGCCAUGCAAGCCGGUCUAUUUCAUUGUGAGCACUGCAGCGGUUCAUUCAACCGACGGGAACAUUAUCAGCGACACCUUCUUACCCACACAAAAGAACGACCAUUUGGACGCCUUGACUCGACAUUACGCCCUCGUGCAUACCCAGACCCAUGCUGGGGGUGAAGCAGAACGACGACGCGUGGCCCAGGCCUGCAAACCGUGCAACUUAGCAAAACUUCGAUGUGAUGGGCAACGACCCUGCGGCCGCUGCCGCCGAUGCGGCGAUCAAUGCUAUUACGAAGAACGCCAGAAGCGCCGAACCACGGCGCGUCCCUCAUCUUCCUCCCUCCCACAAAGUAAACGGCAUCAAGCGCAAGCGCCCAGUCUCGGCAACGAGAUACAGUCGCCUUCCUCAAUCCAAAGGGACCAGUUUCAGAAUCCGGAUACAUACACGACUUGCAUCACAGACAAUGAAGUGAUGACUGGCAUGAACGUGGAACGUCACUCACUGUCUCAAUGCUCAACCGGCUUGCCAGACCCAAACAGCUUCCUUAAGGAUCGGCUUGACGAAGCGACUACUCAGAAUACAGCGCUCAACGAUGAGCAACCCCCGGAGCCUCGCCCUCCGAGAUGGGAAACUUUGCUCGGUGUCGAGGACUUGGAUAUCGGGGCGGGCUUGGAUGCUACUAUAUGGUCGGACGUCUUAGAUUCUCAUUCAUCCUUGCGCUUCGAUAAUAUCUGGCUGGCUUCAACCCAGCCCCCGAUGAUGCCAGAUAUUGAAGCAGGUCCUUCUCAGAUGCCCACUCCCCUUACACCCACAACUCUAGCCGCAAUUUACAAUCGAGGGUGCUCACCUAGACCCGUCGACCCAGAGGCCAUUGAGCCCCGUCAAUACCACCCCACGGUAAUUGAUAUCGACGCGCAGUUGGCGUUCCCGGACCUACAGCAGACCAGCACGGUACAUAUUGACUUCGAGGAUCUAGCCCAUGUCCAGGAAACACAACAGGAUGUCGUCGAUCAGGUGACCAAACUAGCAGCGGACUUGGAGUCAAAACCACUGUUUCCGCCCUUUCGGGCGCUCAGAAUUCCGCCUGCUUCAAUUCUCAACGCGUGGACACAGCUCUAUUUCGAGCAUUUCCACCCUAUCUUCCCAAUUCUUCACAAAGCCUCGUUUGGAUACCCUGAUACCCAUUGGCUUUUGGUCUUCACCGUCAGCGCUAUCGGUGCCCAGUUUUCUCGGAUUUCUCACGCACAGACGUGCUCGAGAGCCAUGCAUGAGAUGAUUCGUCGACAAUCGAUGUAUCUAUGCGAGAAUCAAAACAAGAAUGGCCGAGAGAUAUGGCUUACGCAGGUGAUUUUACUCAAUCAUAUUGGUUUGAGAUACUCUGGAGAGCGAAGAGCUCUAGAAAUCGCAGAGCUCUUGCAGGCACUCCCAGUUACUUUAGCCCGGCGCAAGCAACUUUUCACGAAUAUUUUGUCGACAAGAAAAUUAUCAGAGCUAGAUCUCUCUCUCCGCCAGAAAUGGCAGAUAUGGAAUCUCGAUGACGAACGCAGGCGCGUUGGGUUCGCCAUAUGGCUUGUUGAUUCAUUUUUUCAAAGCCAUUUUGAUCUCACGCCAGUCUUGUCGGUUGGAGAACUUAAUAAUUUUCUUCCCCGUGGUGAGGACCGUUGGUCUGCUAUGAGCGCUGGGGGCUGGGCCAGCUAUUCUACCCACUUUGGUUCGUUUGCCAUCCCUGUUCUUCGUCGUCCGUCAAGUCAUCAUGAAACCGUAUCUCACGUUUGUCUAGAAUCGGAAGGUCACCUCACACUUCAGCAGGUUAUCGCGGAUGGUACCUGGGUAGCCGCUUGGAAUACGACCGGUGUGAUCGGCAAGCAGGUGCUUCUUCAGCUGUUAAUGAACAUUGUAUCCUACAAUACGGAACACGUAUUAUCAUGCCAGGCUCGAUCAACCUUGACUCAAUCUGAUGCCGAGGGGCUACUUAAGCACUUUUUGGCAGCAUUAGAGGACGAAGAAGUGUCAGGGACCUCAGCGGCGGAGCAAAAGGCCUGCAGCACCUACAGGCUCAUGAUAUUCUCUACUUUAAUGUCUCGCAAUUCCCCUCGAUUCUCGCUCCUUGCUACGAGCAUGCGUAUCCGAUAUCAGCAUUGCGAUGAUAACGAACUUGGUGAACUGGCCAAAGAAUGGAAUAAAGCACCACAGGAGCGUCGACGAGCCGCAUUACAUGCUGCGCAGGUCAUUGAAUCCGUACGUAGCCAGUAUUGUGCGCAUUUUUCCACUCCAGUGCUGUUGUUUCGCGCCACUUUGACGCUGUGGCUCUAUACUAUCCUCGAUCGUACAUCGUCAGACCAACAGGAUACAGCUGCGUCAUCAGUGGUUUUGGGCGGUUCAGUCAUGUGCGAUUCAACUCAAGAGCGUUGGGUGGAAUCCGGGAACGGUCGUGUCAAGCUGAAAGGAGUCGGGAAUAUCUCUGCUCCAGAUGGCCGUAAGCGACUGUUAGAUGAGUCAAUUUCAGUCAUGCACACCCUCCGCUCAUGGGGCAUCAGCACAAUAUAUGGACAAUUAUUGUGUCAAUUACGAGAAGCUUAG